AUGCGUGCAGUGCGCGCGACGUUCCUAUGCCUGUCGCUCAACUUCACUCUUUGCAGCAUCUUCAACGGCCGCCACUACACGGGCCGUGGCUCCCUGCCCAUCGGCGGAUCAGAUGUCGCCACGUCAGCAGAUACGAGAUCAGCCGGCGUUUGGGCGUCGUCAGAUGCGUCGGGGUUUGUGCUGCUGGACUCGCGGCAGAUCUGCACCCACGACCAGUGGUCGCGCGCCACGCAAGGCCUCAUCCCCUCCUUACAAGCACUUACCUGGAGCAGCGCGCUGUGCGACGAGGAGCUGAGCCUGCUCGCCUCGCUGCCCCCUCGCCCCGCCGCGCUGCACCUUGCCUCGCUGCCGCGCACUCCCCCCGCCCCUGCCACGUGCCUGCGCCCCUUUGUGCGCAAAGGCACCAAGCUCUACUCUCUCUCUCACGCGCCCUCCCCCGCCGCUGCCUCCUCCACCACUUCGCCCCCCGCCCCCCCUCGCUGCCACGCCGCCUCCUCGCGGCACGGGGGGCGCCUGGGCGGGCUCGACCUCUGCGUGCUGCUGCACCCCUCGCCGCCCCCGCUGCCCCUCUUCCGCCCCCUCUGCCCCUCCCCCGCCUCCUGCUCCCCCAGCUGCCCCGCUCCAGGCACGGAGCGGGCAUGCAAAAAAGAGGAGUGCCAGGGGGAUUGUGGAGAAAAGAGUGUGAGGCGAGUGAAGGGGAGGAAGGAAGAGCAGAGUGGAGGGAGUGAUGGUUGUGGGCAUGACGGGGAGAGUGGGUCAGGGCGGGAUGGUGAGAGUGGACGGUCGGGUUCUGGGAGGACUGCAGGCGGGGGGAGGGGCGAGGGCGCAGCAUGGAGAGGAAAGGCACCCGGCGAGCACCCGGGUGCAGAAGCGGAGGCUGGUGGUAGCAGUGAGGGUGGGGGAGGAAAGAAGGGGAAAGGAGGAGGGAGAGGGGGGGGAGGGGGGGAUGCUGUGUGGGAGGCGGUGGUGAAUGAGUAUGUGGACGACGAGGGGGCGGUGCAGCACGAGGUGGACAACCACGCCCUGCUGCACACCGCCCUCGCCCUCGUCCGUCCCUCCUCUCCCCUCUCACUCACUCA